AUGGACGAACCGAAUGUCGGUGGACAUCCCAAAGGACCGAGCGUCCCUGAUUCUUCGCGAAAUGGAAUCCCUCCCCUGAGUGGCAGCGACGGUGCCCACGGUGUUUCUUCUGCGCAUAAUGAUGGAGCAAACCGCCUCAACGGUUCGGCGAAAGGCAUAGAUGGCUACAAACAAAAUGUGGACUCCUCCACGACCAAAAUUGACUUUGUUGGACUUCGACAACCCCCGGAAUUACCUCACAUCACACAGGGGUUCUUUCCCUUCUCAAAACUGGUCAACCGGUCCGUUCAGCAGUGCUGGAAUGAACUAUCGGAAUUGAUCACAGAGUUGGCGGAGGUCCAAGUACCACCUCAGGAUUCAGGACCCUUGCCUGGCGCUCCCAAUGGAAAGCCGUUGGGGAAUCAAUCAGAGCAAAAUCUGCAGAAGAAACUUCGACUCUUGGACUUUGCUCAUUCCAAGCGAGCAGAAUUUAUCAAACUCCUCGUCCUUUCGCAAUGGAGUCGCCAAGCAGCUGAUGUUAGUCGGCUGAUUGAUAUCCAGAAUUUUAUUCGCAUUCGCCACCAAGCCUAUGCGGGGGCCUUACAAUGUAUUGGGGAUAUGAAGAGAGAUCUGGUCCAAGCUCAGGUCGGGAAUCCUGAUCUAAAGACCGCUCUCGAGGUACUGGCUAAGGGGAAAGUGGUCUCGAUGCCCACGCUGGGAUACAAGCCACCGCGACCUUUAACAGCAAAGGGCGCACUCAAACGGUUGCAGAAAAUCAACAGACUCAUCAGCGCGCGGCUCGUGUUAAGUGAUUCCGUGCCGACGCCAUUUCAAACCUAUCGCGUGCACGAUGGCCGGGUUACAUUUAUCGUACCUGACGAGUUUGAGCUUGAUCUGUCGAUUGGUGCAGAGGAUGAAACCUCGCAAUUCUACUUCGUGGAUAUUCGAUUUCUUUUCACACCGUCAUCACCGAUUCCGAAGGGCCGUAUUUUCAACGAACUCGACAUGCGAAUAAACGAUACGCUUCGGACCAAGGGCCUGGCGGGCUGUUUUGAUUUGUUGCAUGGUUUAGUCCUUACUACCAAGAUCAAUGCGCUAUUCAAACAGGCUGCUGAGUUAGCAAGAGGCCUGUGGUCUGACACUCUGCGUGUUGAAUUGUUGCACCGCACUCUGGUGCUGCAGUACUGGACGCUAAGGCCCGGUCCCAAAAGCUGGCUUGAGAUCGGCAUCAAGAGUGGCCGUCGAAGCUCCGAAAACAGUAUCAACGGAUUGCCAAGUAUAGGCCUCCGUUGGAUCAGAGAUGGACAGGAAGUCGACAGCCGAGACAUUGAAUUUGACAGCAAAAACCUUUCCAUGGAAUGCAUUCUGCGGAGUGUCAUUGCGUUGCAUACGUCGCAUAUCCUUUCUUCGGCAUUUGAGAAAUUAAGCAAGCAUUCGCUGUUCUCGACAGGCGCUCUGUCUUUACGUGGCCGACUUAGUCGAACUGAACCAGGAGCUUGUCAACUUGACGUUCAGCUCACAAGGUCACGACAUCUCCGCGUCUCGGUUGAGCCCAUGUCGGGAACAAGUAUCUUGUCCACUACCCCCAGUACACUGGAACGAUCCGAUGUCGAUCGCAAUACGGACAAGCCAUUUGCGGAUGAAAUUGUGUCUCGGGUGGCCCGUCUUCGCUGCAUUUCUGCGAUAGAAGAGGUCGAAUCCAAUGCUAAGUUACUGGGCUUCCAGGUGGUGAAUCCCAGGAGCUUGAAGCUUGACUUCAGAAGACACUUUCCAGCCAACAUCCUCCGGUUUUCUUUCUUCUGGCACAGGAGCUGGGAGCGGAACUGGGUUCUGGCAGCGACGAGUAGCAUGGACGGAGACAGUUGGUGGGUUGUCCAACUCCAACCAGCAGUGCCGUCCGAAAGUGCCCUACCGUUCGAUGCCAAUAGCGGCAUUUCUGCUCCACGAUCCGCUCAAAUCGUCUGCAAUACCUUUUUCCCCGCCCCUCAGCAUAAUAUGAAGUCUCCUUUUGCAGAUAUGGGCCAUUCUCUCUACGGCAUUUUGACAAUGCAAGCAAACGCCCGUUACUUAGCGGACUUACAGUCGAUCAGCUUCCACCCGCCUCUGCCACAACUUGUGAUUGAAGCAAGUCUUCAGGUCCCCGAUAUCCUCAUCCAUUAUCAGGCAUUGAAACUCCCGCGGGCGUUCCAAGUGGCCAUGCCGGCCGAACUGGCUAGAAGGUCAUUCAUCAAGGACACCAUCCGGCUUGCGUUCAGUGGUGUUGACCCACACGAAAAGGCCGCUGUCUUGGUGGCUUAUGGUGAAUUGCUAUCUCCACCUAACGAUGUUGGCGCCUUAGUCUCCAAACAGGACCGCUCGUUGGUGUUACACCAUGGCGGAAACAAGUUUGCGAUCCGUCUGCUUACAGCGGCUGGUCGGUCUGCGAUGUGCGAACUUCUGGAAAGUUUGCAACGAUUGGAGUGCGCCUUGUCGAUCCUGGAGACUCUUCGGCGAAAGAAGAUGCAACCCCAGUCCUUAUCGUUGUCCCGCGUCGGCUUCCUUUACGGACCCCGCGCGGAACUCUCUGCGAAUAUUGACAUCAACUUGACUACCUCUUCAACGCACACAAUCAUCGAUCCCCUGCAUCUUGUAACUCAGGAGAAGCCUCUCUUCCAGCUCCGUUUGGGCAUCGCCUUCGAUUACCCGAACCCUCACCGUCGUAUGCAGGGGUCGUUUACUUCCCUACUUAACAACGCCGGCGCUACAUCCAGCUUGGGUACUGUCACAGGACUUCUGUCAGUCACGCUGCCGUUAAUGCAGGCCCUGGAUGGAUUAAUGGCGAAUCCAUCACACAAAGACCCUUUGAGGGUCCAAGUGAUAGCGCGCAACGCGAAAACCUUCCAGAUUCACUAUCCUAUGCAAAAAGUGCGCUUCCAACUGCUUAUCACUCAACGUCCAAACAGCCUGGUUUGGGUUCUGAGGGAAGCAGGUGGUCUCCAGGGUAGAUCCAGCGAAGACCAGCUGAAAUCAAGGCUGAAGGAAAGACUGUAUCAUUCGAAGGGCGAUGGCUGGCAGGGCCUCGAAAACGGCGUUGUUGCUACCAUUGACAAGGUCGGAAAUCUCUUAACAGAGCUCGACAAAUGUUUCUCUGGACUCGACGACAUACCCAUCCUGAACCAGUCACCUCUCGAGACAAAGCCAAUACCGUCGAAGCCAACAAUGGGGAACACAGAACCCGCGGCUAGUGGAAACACUGUUCAGAACGCACGCUUGGAAAAUAAGAGCCCUCAGAAGGCUGCUGCCACACACAGCAAUGCGGAUGUAAUCACGAUCGAUUGA